AGAAGUCUUGAGUCUGAGUGUGCGCACCCGGCUAUAGAACUACCUACAGGAGGAAUAGGGAUCAGCCUCUUUGUUACUUGUAGGCGCUAACGUCCUGUUCGAUCGAACAUUUUAACUAAUUUGUACCUCAAGAAUAAAAGCACCAUUCAAUUCAUGGCCCGAAGAAGUAGAAUUUUCUGGCCUGCCGCUUCGGCGACCUUUUGUGGCGUUGCAGCCGGGGGAGUGCCUCCGCCGGACGCCAAGAGCUUCUUUGAUGAUUGGAAAACUGCCGGCACGCGGGGAUUCGACACAAAGGAAGGCCAAGAGUACCUGGAGGAAUGGUACCACACUAGUUUUAGGGAGCACGAGGACUUUUGGUUCUCGAGGAGAGUGAGCGUCAGUGUGUCUUUUCACUCCUCGAACUGGGUAUGGGUUGCCCCCUUUAAAAGCGCCAUAAUUCCGGGCCAGCAUCAAUGACAACAAGUGUGUUUGCACCACAUAGUAUUCUUGCUUGCUACGGCUCACGAAGCGAAAGCAUAUCGAAAACAAAAGCCUCAUCCUGUUUGCUUCUAUUUGUUUUUCACAGGUACGCCAGAGACGCCUGCGUGUACCAGCCCAAUCCCGGGAUGGGCAGCCCACCGAUGGUGCAGGUGUGCGACCGCGCGGCCAUGAUUUCUGCCCUGCAGCAAUACCCCAAGGAGCAGUGGAAGUAUCCUGUGCAAAAGUAUCGUACUCGUAUUGGAAUCAUGCAUUACAAAUUUUUGUCUUAAGGUAAAUCCGCAUUACAAAUUUUAUCACUGAUGCUAAGGAAAUUUGUAAUGCAUUUAUACGAGUACGUUGCUUUUGCAGUUCAUAGGAAGACCAUGAAAUUGAUGGAAGGGGCGCAGUUCGCAGUCGGGCCCCUCCUUGAAGAAGGGAAGAUGACGGACCCGGAAAAGCCCCUAUUUGGGCAGUGGAGUUGGUGCCUGGAGAGCCCGUUGCCGGGUGCUUCGGGGUGCUACCACCAGGCGUUUGUCUACAAGUACUCCCCUGACGCGAAAAAGUGGAAGAUCACAGCGGAUUUUGCCGUGCUCCACGGCGGUCUGACCAUCGCCGACAAAUCGCCGACGGGCUCGGUGACGGCUCCCGUGGCCAUGCCGCCCGAGUUGUACAAGGACGUUUUUCUCGUACUCGAAGCGUUUGACGGGAAAACCUGGGGGAAGCUGCUCAAAGACGCCUACGCCCCCGACGCCUACACGACGAUCCCGUUGCCGGCAGCAGGCUCGGAAGAUUGGUCGCUGCAGGUGCUUUCCAACAAGAAGGGCGAAAUUCUGGACUUCUUCGCGCCCUUCGACGGCGUGGGCAGCGCGUUCCGGCGGGGCACGGUGUUGUUCUCCGAGACGCCGAAAGGGUCCACAGCACCGGCGGUUGCCAUGUGGUACGGGUGCUUAGAGCACUUGCGGGGCCCGAAGAAGUGGCAAAUCUACGAGGACCCAGCACUGGGGCCGCCCUGCUUCAUCGACAUUUUUUUCGUGCAGAAGAAUGAAGAGGGGAAAUACAAGAUCGUGUACGAAUUCCAGGCGCCCGAACCGGAGGUCAAGCUCCCGCCGGUGAAAGUGGUCGAGGCGGUGCCAGCGCCGGCGGACACGCCCGAGGAACACAUGAAGCACAUGAAACACGUGGUGCUGACGCACGGCUGGGACUCGAAGCAGGGCACAGAGCUGAUCGAAAACUGGUACGCGCCCGACGCUUGUGUUUACGGGUACGACAAGGGGAGCAUGGUCAGCUUCUGUGGCCACGAGGCGAUCUUGCAGUCGAUGUUUCUGUACACACCAGAGUCGUUCGCGACCAUGACAGCCUAUCCAGCUCCCUCUCGGCAGGGGCCCUACAUCGGACAGGCGAAAGGUGGCUACGCGGACCCGACGAAGCCGUUCUUUCUCCUCUACGACUGGUGCACUAUGGGGGACAGUGACCGAGUGUGCUUCCACCAAUACUACAUUUACGAGUAUUCCGGGAGUGAGGAGAAGAGCUGCAGCAACGGUUGGCAGUUCAAGUGCGACAUUUCCAUUCCCAUGGGCUUCUACAAAGGAGAUCAGAAGCAGCAGGCCGUGCCCAAGGACAUCUCGGAAUUCAGCAAAAAGUGGGACAAUUUGCACCAGAAGAUCGAUACCAUUCCGAAGUGGGGUACAUUCGUCGACGAUGUGUACGCGGACAACUCCUACAAUGUGUUCGCGACGCCGGAGUCACCGAAAGAGAUGACUACUCUGCUCGGGAAAAUCGGGAUGCAGAGCUUUUUUGCUCCCGGAAUCUCGUCCGGCAUCGCGCCAUCGCGUUUCGGAAGUGUCGCCUACGGAGGCGGUGGAGCCGCGCCGAUGAUCUAUGUCUGGUAUUUUUUUAGCACUUUUGUACUAAUAAAUAUGAUCUGGCUAUAGAAAACUAACGCGGAUGAGCCUGUGCCUGUAACUGUAGUGGUUACGCGCAACAUACGUAUGUGUAGGUGGCACGCACAAACGCAUUUAAUCUCUUUGAAUUACUGAGGUAUGGUUGUGUCACGGGCAAAAGCGGGAAUGCGGAUGCGAGCAAGGGCUAUUUUGACGAGCCGUGCUUCGUCGACUUCCAACUGUUCGCGCCGGGUAAAGCCGAUGAACCGUUGAAGGUGGUCUUCGACAUGCAAGAUAACGCGCCCGCACCUGAGUCCAAGGAUUUCAAGGAAGUUCCGCUAGUGGCGCUCGCUGGCGGUAACACGGCUGCGCAUGUCGCCGCGACGGCGUCUUCGACUAGCACGUCGUCCGGAGCAAGUAAAAUUGAUGCAGAAGCAGCCUCCCGUGCUUCUCAAAAUUUGGCGCUGGCUCCCAAAAUGAAACAGCUACUGGUAGAGAAAACCGAGUCCCCUGCCUCUGACAACUCGGGGGCGAUCUUUUCCAUGUGGUCGUUUUCCACGUGCCUUGCCUGGGUGGCGAUGGCGUUCGUCGUUGCGAGCGGAGUGUACGGCUGGAAAGAAGCUCGCUUGACCAGCAACCCAGAUCUCGAGGAGAACUUGAUCUAGAGGAUCGGGCAAGUUCUUUGUCUGCUCUUGGACUUUUCCACUUUUAGCAUGUGACGAAAAUAAUAUCAGAGCCACGAUUUCAACCGUUUUCAUGACCAUGCCUAGCACUUGCGUCCAACUCCAAAGUGUUAUUAACGUGACCGAAAUACUAGGCCGAUAAGGUAAUAAUUAGAGUUGUAAAGUGAAUGAAUAUCAAAAGCACAUAAGGCGAUCUCGAUGAUUAAAAAACAAAAAGCGGUAAAACGGAUCUAAGAUCAGCUUGUAAUAAGGGUGCUGAUCAUGAUUGAAAAUCUUUUGCGCUGUCGUUUCACCUGUUUCUGAAAAGAGAGGCGUUGUUGAUACUUAGUUAAAGUCUGUGGAUACUUUUCGAGCAACCAGUAUAGGAUAAAAAAAUCGCUAUGCCACCCGUUUCACCUUCGAUGAUUUUUCUGGCUCUCACGCGAUUGACUUUGUGGUUUGUAGUUGCAGACCCACCAACGCACUUUAUUUUGAGGCACCGGAGGCCACCGCUUCUCUACGCGAAGAAACGAAUCUCAGUUUUUAUGGAAAGCGAGC